AUGCUAUCCUCCCUUUCCUCCAGCAUCACAAAUGCUCGGCAAUCAAUCGCACAAGUGUUGAACUUUGCGCUCGUUCUUUCCACCGCUUUUAUGAUGUGGAAAGGCCUCUCGGUUGUGUCCGCAUCAAGCUCUCCAAUAGUUGUGGUUUUAUCCGGUAAACAAAGCUAUUCACAAUGGUAUGGGCACAGCUCACAUUCCCUCACUACAGGAUCGAUGGAGCCCGCGUUCCAACGUGGUGACCUGCUCUUUCUCUGGAACCGAGACACGAGGACGGAGAUCGGAGAAGUUCUCGUUUAUAAUGUUCGAGGAAAGUCCAUUCCGAUUGUCCACAGAGUUGUUCGCACUUUCCCUGAGGUAGAAGGACGUGCGAGUGCAAAGAAGGUGAAGGAAAUUACAGUGGGCACAACACCUAACUCGCAUAUGCUCCUCACCAAGGGUGACAACAAUUUGGCCGAUGAUACUGAGCUGUACGCUCAAGACCAGGAUUAUCUUGACCGGGCCGAGGAUAUUGUUGGCAGUGUCCGUGGCUACAUUCCUAUGGUUGGAUACGUUACUAUCAUGCUCAGCGAGCACCCCUGGCUCAAGACAGUGAUGCUUGGACUUAUGGGACUGAUGGUGAUGAUUCAGAGAGAGUAA